GGAAAAGAGAAAAGAGGAGAGUGAGAAAGCAUGUGGUUGAAAGACGGACAGAGUGGAUUAGCGCAGGGCAGGAAAAAGAAAGGAAAGAAAACCGCUUUUUCGUCAGCUACUACUUCUGCCUGACAAAUUGAGUGUAAAAUAUGCUGUGGGGAAGGGCUAGCCAAGUAGUAAGAACAGAGGGAGAGAAGGGAACCUAGAGAAUGUCACAGGGGUGAGAGAUGGCGAGAGAGAGAACAAAACAGAUGGGAUGAAAAACACACAGGUCCCGACGUGGAAUCUUCCAAACCCAACAAACCACUGCUCUUCAGCUGCUGCUGGUGCUACCACUGCCUUCCUCUUCUCUUUCUGAGUCCCACACAGGGAGGGGUUGCACUCCACACACACGGGACCACAAACAGAAAGAGAGAGUGUAUGUGAGCUUGCAAGGAGACAGGGUUGACAUCUGUAUCCUGGAGAGUGGAUUUGUAUCGGACGCGAGGGGAACAGAGGCUGGCGGGACGGGGGAACCUGCCACUUUGACACACACACACACACACUGUGAGACAUGGAUACUCCAGGCUAAAGGGGGAGGACGGCCUCAGUGUGUGUAUGUGUUCAGUAGGGGGACUCUCUUUCUGCGUUCAGUCCCCGGCAGGCACCGUGAGGGGAAACAAACAAAAGGCCGUAUGGCCAAAGCAGUGGCAACGGGACUCUAAUGCUUUGGCCCUCGUGGAUGAACAGAGUGAAGUGACACGGAAUGGCUUUGAGUCCAAGGAGCUGCAGUAUUUGGUCCAGAUCUACUGCCAGAGCCGAAGCUGGAUUGUGAAGCGCAGCUAUGAGGAUUUCCGUGUCCUGGACAAGCACCUGCACCUUUGCAUCUAUGACCGCCGCUUCUCGCAGCUGCCUGAGCUGCCUCGAUUCGACAGUCUGAGGGAUCGCGCCGAGGUAGUUUCCCAGAUGCUGAUGGCUUACCUCUCCCGCUUCUCAGCGAUCGCUGACAACAAGAUCAACUGUGGGCCCGCCCUCACGUGGAUGGAGGUUGAUAACAAGGGCAACCACUUACUGGUCCACGAGGAGUCCUCCAUCAAUGUACCCGCCAUCGCCGCCGCCCAUGUCAUCAAACGCUACAUCGCGCAGGCCGCCGACGAGCUCUCCUUCGAGGUUGGGGACAUUGUGUCGGUGAUUGACAUGCCCCCCAAAGAGGACACCACAUGGUGGAGGGGCAAGCACGGCUUUCAGGUUGGCUUCUUUCCCAGUGAGUGUGUGGAGCUGAUAAACGACAAGGUGCCGCAGUCCGUCACCAACUCGGUGCCAAAACCAGAUUUGGAGAUAGAGAGCGUAAAGCAGGACAGUGCAUGGGUGACCGACCCGUUAAACUUCUACAGCCUGAGCUCAGUGUCUAAGAAGCACGGGAAGCUGAUCACGUUCCUGCGCACCUUCAUGAAGUCCAGGCCCACCAAGCAGAAGCUGAAGCAGCGGGGCAUCCUCCGGGAGAGGGUGUUUGGCUGUGACCUUGGGGAGCACCUCCUCAACUCGGGCCACGAUGUUCCCCAGGUACUCAAGAGCUGCACAGAGUUCAUUGAGGAGCAUGGCGUGGUGGACGGCAUGUACCGCCUCUCUGGAAUCGCCUCCAACAUCCAGAAACUACGGCAUGAGUUUGACUCAGAGCAGAUCCCCGACCUGACUAAAGACGUGUACAUCCAGGACAUCCACUGUGUAGGCUCCCUGUGCAAGCUCUACUUUCGUGAGCUGCCCAACCCCCUGCUCACCUAUCAGCUCUACGAGAAAUUCUCUGAGGCCGUCUCCGCAGCUACAGAUGAGGAGCGGCUCAUCAAAAUACAUGAUGUCAUCCAGCAGCUGCCGCCGCCGCAUUACAGGACUUUGGAGUUCCUCAUGAGGCACCUGUCCCAUCUGGCCACCUUCAGUUACGUUACCAACAUGCACAGCAAGAACCUGGCCAUCGUCUGGGCCCCCAACCUACUGAGGUCCAAGCAGAUCGAGUCAGCCUGCUUCAGCGGCACGGCAGCCUUCAUGGAGGUCCGUAUCCAGUCGGUGGUGGUGGAGUUCAUACUGAACCACGUAGACGUCCUCUUCAACCCCAAGCUCAGCUCGCUCAUACGGGAGGGAGCAGGACACAACUCGUUGUCGCGGCCCAAGUCCCUGCUGGUGUCAUCCCCCUCUACCAAGCUGCUGACCCUGGAGGAGGCCCAGGCCCGGACCCAGGCCCAGAUCAACUCCCCAGUCACAGCCGACAGCAAGUACAUUGAGGUGGGGGAGGGCCCUGCAGCACUGCAGGGCAAGUUCCACACCGUCAUCGAGUUCCCUACUGAGAGAAAGAGGCCCCCAAUCAAGUCCAAGAAGUCUCCGGUGGGCAGCUGGCGCUCCUUCUUCAACCUGGGCAAGUCCUCGUCCAUGUCCAAGCGCAAGCUGCACCGCAACCCCAGCGAACCCAACGAACUCAAGGCCAUGGCAGGAGGCAGAGGGGACACUGGGACGCUCCGAUCGGCCAAAAGCGAGGAGUCACUCACCUCGCUGCACAACGUUGAAGGAGAGUCGAAGGUGUACCGUCCGCGGCGCCCCCGCUCCAGCAGCGAUGCCCUUUCGGCCUCCUUCAAUGGGGACCUGUUGGACAGCCACACCUGGCAGCACUGCAAUUUCUACGACAACCUAACCCAGGGCCACAGCGGGGGCCCCACCUGCGACAGAGGGAACAGCAACGGGGACGAGGGGCCCAUCAACGUGCCCGCCCUUAUUUCGCCUCCGUGUUUGGCCAACGAAGACGUGGACCUUAGCCUCCCCGACAUCGGCAUGGCCUCGUUGGACUUUGACCCCAUGUCGUUCCAGUGCAGCCUGCAUGACGGCUCUUUCUUCUUCCCCCUAGGGCUGACGGAUGUAGCCAUGGGCGUGGCGGGUGAGAGCACCAGUCUAAAGAGGAGCCAAGGCGGCAUUGACAAUGGCUCGGUGCCAGUCUCACCCUCCUUCCCGGGGAAGUUCACCUUCCCCUUCCUGUCACCUGACCUCAGCCCGGCCACGAGAAAGAAAGCUGAGAGCAAGAAGCUGACCUGCUCCGUGUCUUUCCCAGACAAACCGUUACAGGCUGUAUCCCCUAUAAAGUUGAAGGCGACCAUUCUAGCCAUUUCAGAGCCAUUUGCCAUGGAGUUUCCCAGUAGGCUUACGGAAAACUACGAUGUUCCCCAGCCCCCCCCCUCCUCCUCGGGACAGCCCGGGGAUUCUCCUCCAUUAAUGGGCUCAGUGCGGCUGAGGACAGGGGAGCCGUCGCUGAGUGAGGCCUUCCAGAUGGAGCUGCACUGUAAACUCUCCACCUUCGACAAUGACAUCAACACUGAGAGCCAAGUCUCAACAGAAGAGAGCACUGUCCAGCAACCUUCAGCAACCAGUAGCCAGGAACAGCCAGGAGCCGUAGCUAGCCUGGACUCUCCAAAUGGUACCCCUAGCCCUCUCAGCUCCUCCUCCGUGUCCCCCCUCCCUCCCUUGCCCCCUCAGAAGAACUCUGCCCACAUGCUGGCCCUGGCAGAGUUUGCCCAACAGGACUCCAUCCUGACCCAGAGGUCCUCCCAGACCCAGUCCCCCAUCAGGCCCAAGGUGCCCUCACACUCCCUUGACUGGACCCCUCCCACAGCCCCGUGCCCCCAGACUUCCCUCAAGAAGGGACCCAGAUCAGGAGCAGCCCAGAACCCAACCCUAAGCACCACCACCCCAAACAUCGCCCCUUCCUCCUCUCUCCCUCCCACCACCCCUACUGACAAACAGCCAAGCCAGUCAGCCAGCCAUCAGUCCAUCAGUACGUCCGCCAGUGCUAAGUCCCCCUCCACUCCUCCCAGAGCCAAACAGGAUAUAGAUUUCACCCAACCAGCAUCCCCCCAGCACCAGUGUAUCACCACUCCCUCCAGACCUCCUGCCCAUGUGUCUCCCACUCGGAGGAGUCCAGAGAGGCAGCAGCCCGCCAUGGGCCAGGUAGCAGUCAGCAGCACUGGAUCCUCCACCACCACUCCCAGCAGCAAGGAGAUGGGUGUCCUGCCACAGCCUGCUCCUGAGGUCCAUGUAAAUGAUAGCGUCUGGUCGCCAACUCUUCCAAGACCUUUGGAGCAGCCAGUGGCAGUUCUGCAGCCUCAACCUCCGCCUCAAUCACAGCCUCAUAUACAGUCCCAUCCUCACCCACAGGCCCAGUCACAGCCCCAUCUCCAGCCUAAUGCCAGAGUGGCCCCCACCCCAGCCGAGCAGGUGGAGAGACCAUGGGAGGCUAUAAAGCCAGUACAGCCCCGCAUGGAGCCUGCGACCCGCCAUCAUGCCCAUGGGCCAACGCCUCCCGUCCGCUCCAUCGAGAGCAAACUGGCAACCGCUGUCCUCAGCCACACAGAGGCUGCCAACCCUGCCAUCUUCCACAACAUCCUGGCAGAGGCCUCCACGCCUGAAGAGGCCCUCACCCAUCCUCCCCCUCCCGCGCUAAAGUCUUCCACCCACCAGUCAGCCUACCUCUACCACACCAAGAGAGAGGCCGCCUUACUGGAGCCUCCUGAGGAGGCCUACUACCGCCAACGGGCUAUUCCCAUGGGGAAACCUUCAUACCACUACCGGCCAGACAGUGUUCCGUCACACCUCUCCUACGUGUCCAGGUCGGAGCCUCAGAUACCUUACAGUAGCCGCACGGACCACCGCUACAACACCCAUGCUCACUCCAGAUCCUACCACCAAUCUAUGAAGCACCGCGGGCUCCCCAGGAGGGGUGAGUACAUCUCCCCCGGCCCGGGCUAUGGUCCAAUGGAGGGCGCCCCAGUCUACCCCGCCAUCCGCAGGGUGCACUCGCUACACGUGCCCUCAACCAUCCAUUCGGUGCCCAUCCAGCGGACCGAGGUUCCUCCGGACGACGAGCUCUUGUACUACCAGCGGCCCUUCUACCAGUGCAAGGCCUAUCAGCAGCAGCCACAACAGUCCUCUCAGGCCGACUACCACGUCACCCAGCUCCAGCCUUACUUUGAGAAUGGCCGGGUGCAGUACCGUUACGGCCCCUAUUCUCCUGGCGCCAACCCGCUGGACGCCCCUUACUACGACGUGGACCCCUAUGGGACCAUUCGGCUGCGGCACUUACACUCGUUCAGCAGCCGGGACCUGAGGCCCACCCUCAGCCGGUCGGGGGGCAAGGCGGGCGGCUACCACUACCUGUCCCGCCCUGUCCUUCAGCCGGGAAAGGAGCAAAGCUUGUUCAGCAGAGAUGUGCCCCUGGGCCACGGUUCCAAGGGUGCCACCUUCUACUUUGCUUGGGACCCCGAGGAGUCGGAAAGGCUCCGGAUGCAUUCGAUCCACAGGGAGAGCCAGGCAAGGCAGAAGGUCAGGGGUCCUGUCAUGUCUCAGUAUGACAACUUAGGCCUGUUCAUGCCUGGCGACCUGGGGGGGUACGAAACCCUACACCUGCGCAGUAAUUCAGACCCCAGCAAAUCUGUGCUGAUGUCUCCCGAGAGUAAAGAUGGGUGUUACGGCGUACCGCCAGGCUUCCAACACGCUCCCCGACACUUGGUGUCAGACCCUGACAUCGUCAUGUACAUGGAGACAGAAAACCGCUGUCAGGGGACUGUCACUGGGGACAAACAAAACAGCUCCAGGGCCUGCGAGGCCUCCCACUCGCACCAAGUCCAACACCCACCCUGCAACCAGUCCCAUCAGCAGGACCCCAGUCGACACGACCCAGGGGACGGAGCUCGGAGCUUCCAACCUCGCUACCAACGGUCCGAUCCAGACCGGCAUCCGAACAGGGCCAAAACACCCGGUGGUUACCAGGACAAAGAUGACCAGCAACAACAGUCGGCCCCCGUCAAAGCGCAGGCCCCUCCCAAGCCUGAACGGUCACAAUGCGUCCAAGAGCAGCAGCAGCACUACAGCCAAGCCACCAUGCCCAAGCCAGACAGAGAAUACUCAUAUCAGCCCCACGGUGGGCAGCAGAGACACAGCACCAUGACGGUGCAGUCCCACUACGACAACAUGGAUGACUACCACCCAGCAGCAUUACCUCAGCCACAGGCCCCCAUGCAAAACCCCUGUGGGGGCUCGUCGGGCUCUUUCCCCACCAACCCUGGCUUCACGGGCAGCCACAGCAACAGAGCGUACUCCACUGCCUUGGGCCAGGGUGCCUUCAUCCCAGCUGAACUGGUCCUGCAGAGGCCCGAGACAGAAAUACAUGCAGAAUGAAGAAGACACUUGAGAAAAAUGUGUUAAACAAACUUUUGCCUGGGUUUUAGGAAGCAAAUAAGUGACUCAACUCGAGAUUCAAAAGUUUCACAGCCUCUGCAGGACAGUGGACUGUUGUUGGACCGUUUCACAUUAUUUUUCUUCCCUGUAUUUUUUAUGAAUUGUAAAAAUCUAAUAAGAUACUUUUUACAGAAUGUACUGAAUUAACCAUUAUUUCUUUAAUUGUCCUAAGAAGCCACAUGGUCAUGACUCAUUGAAAUGGUGGCAGAUCAUAUAAAUGUUUAUGAUAUUAUAAACAAAAGGUAUGUGAAACCAGAAUCGCAAAAAAAUGUACAUUUGUAAAAAUAACUAUUACUGGUAAAAAUAGUUUUUUUUAGUUUGGUUUCCAGCAUAACAGGGAUGAAGGUUUGCAUUUUAGAAAUGCAUGUACUCUUCAAUCACUUACAGAACUGUUCUAUGUACCACUGUAUCCAUUGUGUACUUUCUGGAUGUUACAGUACAAGUUGUUGUGGGAGAAAAUCUGUUCAAAUCCUCGUGCUCUCCCUCCUGUCUCUGUGUACACAUGGCGGUGCAGUAUGUUUCAGUCUUCAAACAUCUCUGAAUUGGGGUCGGGCCCAAGAGUACUAGAACUACACAGGGUACUUUCACCUAGUACAGUAGGGUUAUGUUAAUAUUUUAUUUUCUCUGUGACUGUGCCAUUCUUUGAUUUUAUGUAUUUUUGCUAUAAAGCAGAGUGAAUUUUUGGGAACAGAGGCCUGUUCUUCAUUGUAAGAGGGACCAAACAUUUUGGCAGUCUUUUUGAUCGUGAAAGCCCAUACAUGAGCAGGAGUGCUAACGACUGGUUAUGAGAAUGAGAAUGUUACCUUGGUAGCUGUAAAAUUAUUAUUAUUUUAAAAUGUGUUUUGUUUUGUAGUCUUGUUUUUUUCUGCCAAUUGCAAAGAACUUCAAUGGACUAACUUAAUAAAGUUAUGAAAAAUC